AUGUCGGAGGGGAUAUUUUACUUGGACGAAGAGAGAGGGGGCGAAACGCGAGGCUCGAGAUCACCUUCUCCACAGCUCCCAUCCUCAACAGCAAGAGAGACGCGAUCGGCACCUCAUCAUGCAACUACGCACACCUCGUCGUCGGCCGAUAAGGCGCAGCAACAGUCCAUAUCAUCCCUUCAAAUCCCUAACUCUCUCCCAAAUCUCGUCUCACCCGUCCCUCAACCUUUCACACCAUCCAUAGCGAGGAAACAUACUGCGCCCUUUGCAGCAACGCCAUCUUUCCCAUCGCCCCUCGCACAGGCAAUCACUGUGCCUUCACACUCUGACACUUCGUCAUCGUCAUCUCAUUCCGAUGAAGAAAAUGAUCAGGAUCGACUCGCUCUUCCGGAUUCUCCCACACAUAGUGGUGGUAGCAAGACUCCAAGAAAAGCUGGUGAUCUCGUCCUACGUCCGCGUACGACCAGUCCUCGUCGGCCCCUCAGUCCAGCUUCGACUCGGCGAACGACACCUCCUCAGACAGCCUCUUCUUCUUCUUCUGCUCCCAAGCCCUUCCAGGCGAUCACACCAAGUUCCAUGCUGUCCAAAGGCCAGAGGGGUGCAUCGCUUGGAUAUGCAGGUAGUAGCGCACCGGUUCCGAGCAUAAAUACCGCAACCAGGACGGUCUCUCCGCUCUCUACGAAAAGGGUAUCGCCUGUUCAAGGAUCGCGAGUUUCAGAGACGACAGGCUCACCGACGUCUCCACCGGGAUCUUCUCGUCGUCGGAGCAGCACUGCUAGUGGAUCGAGCAGCCUCGGCGUUCCUGGCUCGAGCUCGUUGUCAACCUCCCCCUUACCCAUCGCCGCUCCUAACGACGCCACUGCAAGUCGCUUGGAUUCAGUACGUCGACGAUCUGUUGGAUCCAAUCACUCCCCGUCUCGCAGCUCAAAGGACACGACGAGUAAUGUUCUCGGACUCGGCUGGGGCACUAGUUGGGAGACUGGAUCUUCCGGAUCCUCCAGCUACAAGGACAAAGGAAAGGCAAAGGAUAUCAGCGGUCCACCGAGUCCAAAAAUCAGCAAGGCGGAUCCGCUGGGUAGUUACCCACAGAGGUGA